GACCACGGGCUUACGGCGAUUACCCCCGCGGCAAUAAACUGCGCGGAGUCGCGUGCGUGAUCGCACAGCUGCGACGGCGUCUUCUCCGACGGAGCGCGGGCACCAACAAGACAUGGAGCAGCAACUCGGAGGAGCAGAUAGAGCGAACCCGAAGAAGGAUGGCGAAACUGUCACGUUCGAAGAAGCGAUCACUCGCACAGGAUUCGGCAAGUUCAACUACGUGCUUAUGCUCGGUUGUGCUAUGGGCCAGUUCGGGGUGGUUUUCCAGCUUUACGUAACAUCUUACCUCCUUCCCAGCGUGCAGUGCGACUUCAAGAUAAACGCCCAAGAGAAAGGACUUCUUACUUCAAUCAGUUAUAUAGGAGUGAUGCUCGGGUCGUACCUGUGGGGCCUGCUCGCCGACACCCGCGGCAGGAAGACUGUGCUGGUCGCCACGCUGCUGCUAGACGCCGUGUGUGGCGUCAUCUCCAGCUUCGCUCCCAGCUUCUACGUCUUCCUGGCGCUGAGGUUCCUCAACGGAUUCUUUAUUUGCUGCCCUGGCGCCGUGAUAUUUCCUUAUGUGGGAGAGUUUUUUAACUCAAGAAACAGAGCACCGGCGAUUAUGGCAGUGAGCAUCUAUUUGCCCCUAGGACUACUAGUCCUUCCAGGAGUGGCGUGGCUGGUGAUCCCGCAGCCGUGGUCGCUGGCGCUGCCGUGGGGCGACUACGGCUCGUGGCGCAUGCUGGUGGCAGUCAGCUCGCUGCCCAGCGCCCUGGGCUGCCUGCUGACCGCCGCGGUGCUGCCCGAGUCGCCCAAGUACCUGAUGGCCCGCGGCGAGGAGGGCUCCACCCUGCGGGUGCUGCGCCGCAUGUUCGCCAUGAACACCGGGCGCGACCCCGCCGACUACCAGGUCCAACACAUAAUUCCGGAUGAUGACAGUACUGAGAGUAUAUCCAAGAAGUCAUUGAUGCAGCAAGUAAAAAACAUGUGGUUCGAGCAGACAUUGCCUUUGUUCAAAAUGCCACAUAUUAAACGUUCUCUUUUGUUUUUUGUCUAUGAGUUUGGAGUUUUCGGAUGUUUCAACUCCCUUGCAUUGUGGGCACCUGACAUAUUUAACAACAUGGCCUCGUUCUCACUGGCCAAUGGUCGACCUGGAACUGUGUGCGAGGCGAUGGCUGCUGUGACUUUCGGACCCGACGAGCAAAGAGGAAACCAAACAAUGGAAAUGUUUGCCCAGAACAGCUCGGACGCUCCAAAUGUGUGGUUCUACAACGUAUCUUCUCGUGUGAUCGACAGUUCGGCGGAAAAUGCCUUCCAAAGGAACUUCAGCGAGGCGGGACUGAUGGACACAGAAACGUGUGAAGUGACGAUUAAUCCAGAGACGUUCGUCAAUAGUCUGAUCAUAUCUACUGCCAUGGUGUUCAUGACUAUAGGUCUGGGAGUGGCCUUGAGGUGGAUCAAGCAGAAGCCAAUCAUGCUGACGUUCCUGUCCAUCGCCUUCGUCAGCAGCCUGACCAUCAACUCGGUGCGGAACGACACGGCGGUGCUGGGGCUCGUGUGCCUCUUCUUCUGCUUCUGCGCCACCUCGGGCAGCGUGAUGCUGUCCGCCGCCGUCGACCUGUUCCCCACCAACCUCCGGGGAAUGGCGGUCUGCCUGGGCAUGAUGAUGGCCAGAGCGGGAGUCGUGGUCGGCAGCCAGGUGAUAGCGGCCCUGGUCGAGAACAACUGCUCCGUCGUCUUCUACUGCCAGGCGGGGAUGAUACUGGGUUGCGCUAUUCUGGCCUUCCUUCUGCCCGACAAGAACAGAAAAUAAAGCAUCGGUCUCUCACGCCAUGUUUCUUAUUUAGUUUUACUGUCUCAACUUUUUUUUUCAAUAGAAAUUCCUUAUAAUAUAUA